AUCCCGGCCAAAGAGGAGGCAAGGCCGUCCGGCCCUUUAACCGCGUGGGGGUGCUGGUGAAGAAAGGGGGGGUCGGGAAGGGGGGAUCCUGCUCCUUUAAUUCCCUCCCCUCUUCCUCCUCCCCGAGUCCUAGCCGACGCCGCCGCCGCGCGCGCGGGGCCUGGAACACACGGCACGAGCCGCCCCCGCCCCUCCCCCCUUACGCCCACGCGGAGCCGGCCCCGCGCGCGCGCGCUCGCGCCCCGUGCACCCCCGCGCCUGCGCGCUGCCCAGGCCCUGCCCGUGUGUGGGGGGCGCUGCCGGCCCCGGGGGGGGUGGGGAAAAUAAGGGAUUAAAAAAAACAGCGCGCGGAACCGGGCCAGGGUUGCCCACCCCCGCCACAAUGGCCUCUGGGGUGGAAGUCCUGCGCUUCCAGCUGCCCGGCCACGAGGCCGCUACGCUACGGAACAUGAACCAGCUCCGGGCAGAGGAGCGGUUCUGCGACGUGACCAUUGUGGCCGACAGCCUCAAGUUUCGAGGCCACAAGGUCAUCUUGGCCGCCUGCUCACCGUUCCUGCGGGACCAGUUCCUGCUGAACCCCAGCUCGGAGCUGCAGGUCUCCCUGAUGCACAGUGCACGCAUCGUGGCCGACCUGCUCCUCUCCUGCUACACGGGCGCCCUGGAAUUCGCUGUUAGGGACAUCGUCAACUACCUUACAGCCGCCUCCUACCUGCAGAUGGAGCACGUGGUGGAGAAAUGCCGGAAUGCCCUCAGCCAGUUCAUUGAGCCCAAAAUAGGCCUCAAAGAGGAUGGGGUCAGUGAGACUAGCCUUGUGAGCAGCGUCAGCGCCACCAAGUCCCUCCUCCCUCCAGCCAGGACCCCAAAGCCAGCCCCGAAGCCCCCACCCCCACCUCCUCUACCCCCUCCACUCCUGCGGCCAGUGAAGCUGGAGUUCCCACUGGAUGAGGACUUGGAGCUGAAAGCCGAGGAUGAGGAUGAGGAUGAGGAUGAGGACGUGUCUGACAUCUGCAUCGUCAAGGUGGAGUCGGCCCUGGAGGUGGCACACCGGCUCAAACCCCCUGGAGGCCUGGGAGGGGGUCUGGGCAUUGGAGGCUCCGUGGGUGGCCACCUUGGGGAGCUGGCCCAGAGCAGCGUGCCCCCCAGCACUGUAGCCCCACCGCAGGGUGUGGUGAAGGCCUGCUAUAGCCUGUCAGAAGAUGCAGAAGGGGAGGGCCUGCUGUUGAUUCCCGGAGGCCGGGCCAGCGUGGGGGCCACCUCGGGCCUGGUGGAAGCAGCAGCGGUGGCCAUGGCUGCCCGGGGGGCGGGGGGCAGCCUGGGGGCGGGGGGCAGCCGGGGACCCCUGCCUGGGGGCUUCUCAGGUGGAAACCCCUUAAAGAACAUCAAGUGCACCAAGUGCCCGGAAGUGUUCCAGGGCGUGGAGAAGCUGGUCUUCCACAUGCGGGCACAGCACUUCAUCUUCAUGUGCCCUCGCUGUGGCAAGCAGUUCAACCACAGCAGCAACCUCAACCGCCACAUGAACGUGCAUCGUGGUGUCAAGUCACACUCGUGCGGCAUCUGCGGCAAGUGCUUCACACAGAAGUCCACCCUUCACGACCACCUCAACCUGCACUCAGGAGCGCGGCCCUACCGCUGCUCCUACUGCGACGUGCGCUUCGCCCACAAGCCUGCCAUUAGGCGGCACCUCAAGGAGCAACACGGCAAGACCACGGCCGAGAACGUGCUGGAGGCCAGUGUGGCCGAGAUCAACGUCCUCAUCCGCUAGCCGCGCAGGCGUGGAGGCCAGGAGGCUGGGGCCCCUAGGCUGGGUGGGAAAAGGGCUCUUUGGCCCAGGAGAAUUGGGGGGUGGGGGGUCUGGGGCGGAAAGGUAAGAGUACGGGAGGCUGAGCAGAUGCACACAUCCUGAGAGAGGGAAGAUGAUUCCUUGGAGAGAAGACUGUUGCUCUUGAGAGUGCAAGAGGCUGGAGCUGGGGACAGGGUUCCUGGGAGUAGGCCAGGGGAAUACGGGGUCCCAGAGAAAGAUUUCCUUCUCUUAGAGGUGCAUGUAUAUGUGGAGGGAGGGAAAAGGGUCCUAUAGAACGAGGGAAGACAAAAAUGUUUUAUUCCUGGCUAAGGCUGCCCAGGGGAAGGUUCUGACAUUUCUCGAGAUAAGAAGGGUUGGGGGUGGGUGGGAACAGGGAGGGAAUUUGGCAGGAGGACAUGCUCCUGCUUAGAAUAGACCUGGGGUGAGGGAGUGGUAAGGGGAAAAGAUUAUUGAGUCCCAGAAAAGGAAGUGGGAGACAGUUCUUGCAUGCUGGGGAAAUGAGACUUGCGAGUAUGAGGCUUGCUGAAAUUUGAGGGAGAACAAAGUAAGACGCCAGGUGAGAGAACGUGGGGUGCGCAUCCUGGGUAGAUAUUGGGAAGUGGGGGUACAAUAGCAAGAAACAAUGGAUAGUCAUGGGGGUG